AUGGUCAACCCCACCAUAUUCUUCAACAUCACUGCCAACAGUGAGCUCAUGGGCUGUGUCUGCUUCAAGCUGUUUGCAGAUAAAGUUCCAAAGACAGCAGAAGACUUUCAUGCUUUGAGUACUGGGGAGAAAGGAUUUGAUUAUAAGGGUUCCUGCUUUCACAGAAUUAUUCCUGGCUUUAUGUGCCAGGGUAGUGACUUCACACACCAUAAUGGCACUGGUGGCAAGUCCAUCCAUGGGGAAAAGUUUGAUAAUGAGAACUUCAUCCUGAAGCAUACAGGUCCUGGCAUCUUUUCCAUAGCUAAUGCUGGACCCAACACAAAUGGUUUCCAGUUUUUCAUCUGCACUGCUAAGACCAAGUGGUUGGAUGGCAAACAAGUGGUUUUUGGCAAGGUGAAAGAGGGCAUGAACAUUGUGGAAACCAUGGAGCGCUUUGGGUCCAGGAAUGGCAAGACCAGCAAGAAGAUCACCAUUGCUGACUGUGGACAAAUUUGA